AUGGCAUGUGAAUCUCGCUAUAAGUCCAACCAGUUAGCCAAGUGGCCGACACUUAAUGAAGUGUUGUCUAACACCACGCCUCCACCAUACACCCUUAGCGCAUUCAUGACAUAUCUAUCCGAAAACCAUUGUCGCGAGACUUUGCAGUUUAUCAUGGCAGCAAAGCAUUAUUGCGAUACUUAUAACUCGUUCGUCGAUGAAGCGGGUGAAUCUAUAAUUACGGCCGACUCCUCGGCGGCAAUGCACCUGCGCAUACUUUACCAGCUUCUCCUGACGACGUACAUUAUGCCUGGAGCACCCCGUGAAGUCAACCUAUCGGUCAACGUGCGCAGUUCCCUCUUGCAACAUAAAGAUGUAUCGACACCGCCCCUGCCCGAGGCUCUUGAUCCCGGCAUAAAAAGUAUUCGCGACCUGAUGGAAAAUUCGAUUUUCCUCCUGUUCCUGCAUAGCCGCGCUGCCUUUUCGGAUAGUGACUCGACGUCAGAGGCGUCAAAUAUGGAUAAAGUCAGGCCACAUUACGCGACUACAAGCUCAGACAAUCAAUUCACGCAGCCGGCCCGCCUGCAUGCUAAGCGCCCAUUUCAUAUGGUGAGGACUUGGUCAUGGCCCCCUUGGAAUCGCCAGCCCCGUUGA